GGUGCCGCAAUGGCGGGCUCCAUAGAGAUUCCACUUCGUGAUACAGAUGAGGUAAUAGAGCUCUGCUUAGAUCAAUUACCAGAAGGAGAUGAAGUACUUGGAAUUUUACGCCAAGAACAUGCCCAGCUUAAUAUCUGGGUCAAUUUGGCCCUUGAAUACUAUAAACAACAUAAAAUUGAAGAUUUUAUUAAGAUACUUGAAUCUUCUCGGAUUGAUGCAAAUAUUGACUACCGUGACUAUGAAAAAGAUCAAAUGCGAGCCUUGGACAUGUUGGCUGCAUACUAUGUCCAAGAAGCCAACAGAGAAAAAAAUAAGGAUAAGAAAAGAGAUCUGUUCACAAAAGCCACACUAUUAUAUACAACUGCUGAUAAGAUCAUUAUGUAUGACCAGAAUCACUUGCUUGGCCGAGCUUACUUUUGCCUCUUGGAAGGAGAUAAAAUGGACCAAGCCGAUGCCCAAUUCAAUUUUGUACUGAAUCAAUCUCCAAAUAAUAUUCCCUCACUACUUGGUAAAGCAUGUAUAGCUUUCAAUAAAAAAGAUUACCGCGGUGCGCUUGCUUUUUACAAAAAAGCUUUGAGGACAAAUCCAAACUGUCCAGCUGCUGUUAGACUGGGAAUGGGUCACUGUUUUAUGAAGCUAAAUAACCAAGAAAAAGCACGCCUAGCCUUUGAAAGAGCUUUACAAUUAGACGGUCAAUGCGUCGGAGCAUUGGUUGGUCUUUCAGUUUUGAAAUUAAAUCAACAACAGCCUGAUAGUAUCAGAACUGGAGUACAAAUGUUGUCUAAAGCUUAUACGAUCGAUUCGACGAAUCCUAUGGUAUUAAAUCACUUGGCAAAUCAUUUCUUCUUUAAAAAAGAUUAUAAUAAAGUGCAACACUUGGCACUUCAUGCAUUUCACAAUACCGAAAACGAAGCUAUGCGUGCAGAGAGUUGUUACCAAUUAGCCAGAGCAUUCCAUGUUCAAGGCGACUAUGAUCAAGCAUUUCAAUACUAUUAUCAAGCAACUCAAUUUGCACCACCGGUUUUUGUUUUACCACACUUUGGAUUAGGUCAAAUGUAUGUUUAUCGCGGCGAUGCAGAGAAUGCGGCACAAUGUUUCGAAAAAGUGUUAAAAGCUCAACCAGGCAAUUACGAAACAAUGAAAAUUCUUGGAUCUUUGUAUGCAAACUCAAGUUCCCAAUCGAAGCGCGAUAUUGCCAAAAAUCAUCUUCGGAAAGUAACCGAGCAAUUUCCCGAUGAUGUCGAGGCAUGGAUCGAGCUCGCUCAGAUAUUAGAACAAAGUGACCUUAAUGCAGCCUUAAACGCAUAUGGUACUGCAACUAGAAUUUUAAAAGAGAAAGUUCAAGCGGACAUACCACCUGAAAUUCUAAAUAACGUUGGAGCUCUACAUUACAGGCUUGGAAACUUAGAGGAAGCUAGAAAAAAUUUGGAGGAAUCCCUGGCACGCUCCAAAGCUGAUGCCUUGCAUGAUUCUGUGUACUAUAAUUCAAUUGCUGUUACAACAACAUAUAAUUUGGCGCGCCUAAACGAAGCUUUAUGUAUCUUCGAUAAAGCGGAAAAAUUGUACAAAGAUAUUUUAAAGGAGCAUCCAAAUUAUGUAGAUUGUUAUUUACGGCUUGGCUGUAUGGCUCGAGAUAAAGGUCAAAUUUACGAAGCAUCCGAUUGGUUCAAAGAUGCUUUGAGAAUUAACAAUGAACAUCCAGAUGCGUGGUCGCUUUUGGGUAAUUUACAUUUAGCCAAGAUGGAAUGGGGGCCAGGCCAGAAAAAAUUCGAAAGAAUUCUUAAAAAUCCAACAACAAGCACAGAUGCUUACUCUUUGAUUGCAUUGGGCAAUAUUUGGCUUCAAACUUUACAUCAAAGCGGAAAAGACAAAGACCGCGAAAAACGUCAUCAAGACAGAGCGUUGGCUAUGUACAAACAGGUUUUGCGAAACGAUCCCAAAAACAUUUGGGCAGCGAACGGAAUUGGAGCGGUGUUAGCACAUAAAGGAUGUGUGAACGAAGCUAGAGAUAUAUUCGCCCAAGUUCGAGAAGCAACGGCAGAAUUCUGUGAUGUUUGGUUAAAUAUUGCACACAUUUACGUGGAGCAGAAACAAUUUGUUAGCGCUAUUCAAAUGUACGAAAAUUGUCUUCGCAAGUUCUACAAAUACCAUCACGUUGAAAUCCUACAAUACCUCGGAAGGGCCUACUUUAAGGCUGGUAAAUUAAAGGAAGCAAAGUUAACAUUAUUGAAGGCACGGAGGGUAGCUCCACAGGAUACAGUUUUGUUGUACAAUAUUGCACUUGUGCUUCAACGUCUAGCAACGCACAUAUUGAAAGACGAGAAGUCGACUUUGACAACGGUACUGCAGGCAGUUCACGAAUUGGGACUGUCGCAUAAAUAUUUCCAAUACUUAUCAACUCACGGAGACAGAAUGGAACAGCUCGCAGAAGGGGAAGCCAGAAGGUGUCAAGAUUUACUAUCACAAGCGCAAUAUCAUGUCGCCCGAGCUAGAAGAUUGGACGAGGAGGAGAAGAUGCUCAGAAGGAAACAAGAGGAAGAAAGGCAAGCAUUUAAAAUGCGCCAGACAGAAGAACAACGGAAACAAGAAGAAAUGCGACGACAAAAAGAAGAAGAGAUGUUACAAAAACGACAAGAGUACGUUGAAAAGACUAAGAAUGUGUUGGUGUUCGACGAAAUGCCUUCAGAAAAAACUGGGAAGAAAACAAAGAAGGCACGCACAGAUCAGUACGUCAGCGACAGUGGUGGCUCCGAUGAUGGGAGAGAGGAAGCUCCAAGAGAUCAAAAACCACGCAAAAGGAAAGCAAGUGGUGAACACAAAGAAAGAAAAGGCAAGGGCAAAGGAAAGCGCAAGAAGGAUUUGGGAAGCGGUGAAAGUGGUUCAGAAAGUGAUCGGCCCAAGCGAAAAUAUGGAAGGAAGAUUGGAAGUACUAGAAAGGAUAAAACACCUCGCAAAAGUACAGCUGAAUCUUCGAAGGGUAAAAGUAAUUUCCUGUCCAAAGAAACUAUAUCAACGAGUGAAUCUGACAGUGAUUCAGGAGGUCUCAAAAUUGCUAGCGGGGGUGAAAGCGGAAACGAAGGUCGUCCAUCUGGUAGCAGGAAAAUUGUAUCAGAUUCCGAAGGUUCACGCGCCUCGCGUUCCAGAUCUCGAUCCAGAUCAAAAUCUAGAAGACACUCUAGAAGUAGCUCACGGUCUCAGUCUCGAUCACAAUCGCGCUCCCGAUCUAGAUCUCGAUCUGGAUCGAAGUCCAGGAGUCCAUCGCGAUCAAGAAGUCGCUCUAGAUCGAGGUCGGGGUCUGCGAAAAGCGGGUCACGUUCGAGGUCGGGUUCUAGAUCUAGAUCAGGGUCAAGGAAGAGUGGCUCACGGUCAAGAUCACGCAGUGGUUCAAGGAAAAGUGGAUCUCAACCGAAAUCAAGAUCAGGAUCUAGGCACAGUGGAUCAAGAUCCCCUAGUGGUUCGAGGAAAGCAAUGUCUAGGUCAAGAUCAGUGUCAAAGUCGAGGUCACGGUCAAGAUCAAGGUCAAGAUCGAGGUCAAGGUCCAGGAGUGGUUCACAGUCAGGGAAAGACGAACGUAGAUCCAGAAGUAAAAGUCGAUCAAAAUCAAAGUCUGUUUCGAGGUCGAGAUCGCGUUCGGGUUCAAGGUCAAAGAGUGGAUCUAGAAGUCGCAGUCCUAGUGGAUCGGCACGAUCUGCUACUCCAGAAUCCAGAAAAUCGGUUUCGGGCAGUGAUGUUGGUUCCCGCCAUUCGAGUUCAGAUAGAGCUGGCGGUGGAAGCGAAAGUGAAUAAAUCCGAGAUUCCAGCGAUGACACUUGUCACUACACAAUAAACAUUCACUUUAUCGACGAAUUACACAUAUAUACUUCUUUUGUAAGAGUGAAUUUACAUAUGAAACAUACAAUUUUCGUAAUAUUUCUUAACGGGCGUUUUGAACAUGGCCAAGAACCGUAACGAGUCGUAAGAUGGCGCAUCGAGAUAUUGGCGCGACCAUUCGAGAUUGCGGAUCACUUUCGAUAAUCGAAACCGUCUUCACGAUGAUCGUGAAAUCAAAUAUUUUUGAAAGAAUAUUUCGUUUAGUGCGUGCAUUUUCCUUCAAUUUCCAACACGAAAAUCAGUCGAACCGUGCACGUGUGCUCUCGAUGUUGUGUUUUAAGAGGUGUAUUACUUCUUGACGUAUGGUAAAUAAUAAUUUUAUUCAAACCACGAUUUCAUAUGUAAAUUAGUUCACUUUGUAAACAUACGUUACUCUUCCUCAUUAUUAGUCUGUUGAUACUUUGUACAAUAAACAGAUAGUUCUAAUCGAUAUUAUACAUUGAAGUUGAUUAUUAUUAAACAAAGAGCAGAAUACCUAGUAAAACCAUUCUUUCGAUUACGUUAGUUAUCGUUGUGCGAGCAAAGUGUAACGAGGUUGUAUUAACAACGAACGAAUCGUUUUAUAUUAAAAAGUCACGAAUAAAAAGAAAUAUUGA